UCUCUCCGCCCAGAGAGGGCUUGGGAGGCCAGGACGCCAUUUGGGAGCCGGGAGACGGAGAAGAAAGGAAGAAGAAGGCGGCUUAUGGGCUGAGAGGCAGCGGGGGGAAAGACGGCAGAGGAAAGCAGUGAUGGGAAUCUGAGUCUGCCAGAUGUUGUUGGACUGUAAGACCCAGCAUCCCCAGUUAGGGUUGGGGAGGAUGCAAGGAGCUGCAGCCCAAGAGGUCUGCAGAAUCGAGAAAUCACCUUGGGAAUAAAUCAGGAUUGUCCUAACAAGAUGAAAGUGAAGGAGGAAACUGCAGGAGGCCCUGACCCUUUGGGGGCACCCAACGAAUCGGGGAACAGCCUACAGGCUAAGUUCAGCAGAGGGAGUCAGUGUGAGGUGGCAGCAGCCCAGAUUAAGUCAGAGCCAGAAGAAGCUGAGUUACAACUCUGGGAGGGCCAGUGGCACGACUUCCUGAAGACAGAAGAGCCCUCUUGCUCUGGGUGGGGAACUGUACCCCCGUCAGAAGCCAAGCCCUCUUUGGUUCUCUCUGAGGCCCAGCCCAAAGUGGAAGAAGAGAUCUCCUCCAUGAGCCUGAAAACUGAAGAGCAAGAAAGCCAUGUGGAUGAGAAGGAAGAGACCCUGAGUGACAGAAAGACGGACGUUGAGCUCCAACGUAAGCGUUUCCGGGGUUUCCUCUACAAGGAGGCUGAGGGGCCCCGGGCAGCUUAUCUUCAGCUAGAGGAACUCUGCUACGGGUGGCUGGAGCCAGAAAGACGCAGCAAAGAAGAGAUCCUGGAGAUUCUGGUCCUGGAGCAGUUCUUGACUAUCCUUCCACGAAAGAUGGAGAGAUGGGUUAGAGAGCGUUGCCCGGAGACCUGCGACUGGGCAGUGGAAUUGGCGGAAGAUUUCCUGCAGUGGCAAGAAGAGGCAGAAGAGUGGGGAGAGCAGGAUAUGGGAAGGGUUCAGGAGUUUGGUGUGACUUUCUCCAAAGUCAACCAAACUCUGCUGAACACUGGAAAGGAGGACUUUGGCAAAGCAGUAAAGCAGGAGAGUGACAGACAUUCCGAGAUAUUUGGAGAUGACCAACAGAUGGAUGAUGGCAUGGAGGAAUCACAGGGAACAUCUUCUACGGGAUACGAGGAAGACCAAAUGGAGGAGUGGAAGACAAAUUCCGUUUCAGAACUGCAAGAUGAUAUUUACAAAGUUACCAUUCCUGAUGACAUGCACCCAGGGACACAGCAGAAUGCAUGUCCUGCCUGUGGGAAGAUGUUCACUCGGCUGUCACACCUGAAAAGGCAUCUGGUGAUUCAUACCGGAGAGAGGCCCUAUAAAUGUUCGGCGUGCGGGAAAGGUUUUACUCAGAAAACAAACCUUGCUGCCCAUGAGGUGAUCCACAGGGAAGGGAUAUGCUCAGAUUGCGGGAAAAGCUUCAAGCUGAAAUGGGGCCUUACACCACAUCGUGUGGGAGAGAUGUGGUACAAAUGCUCAGCUUGUAAGAAGAGCUGCAGCCAGGAGAAGGGUGAUCUUGUGAGACCUAGGCCAGUAGAUGAGCCUGGUGAGAGUGUCCAGGGAAUGUCCUUUGAAAUGCCCAAGCGAGUUAAGGUGGAAGACUUCUCUAGUCAUCAAGAAGGACCUUCAGGUAACCGAGUGGAAAACGAAGUGGAGGAGUGGAUGUGUAGAUCUCUUAAAGUCCCAGGUGGUGUCCUUUGCAAAGUUAAAACCACACCGAAAUCACCAGGGAAUUACAAAGGGAAGAAGAGGAGUCCUUGCCCUGUGUGUGGGAAGAUCUUUGCCACUCGGUCGAGCCUUAAUAGACACCAGAGAAUCCACACGGGGGAGAAGCCAUAUAAAUGCUCUAUUUGUGGGAAGAGCUUUAACCAGAAGACGAGCCUUCUCACCCAUUCAUUCAUCCACACCGAACAGAAACCAUACCAUUGCUCUGAGUGUGGGAAGAGCUUCCGGCAUUCAACUGGCCUUCUGGUGCAUCAGAGAAUGCACACUGGUGAGAAACCGUAUAAGUGCUCCAUCUGUCAGAAGAACUUCAGUCAAAGCAGCCAUGUUGUCAAACACAUUUCAAGGAAACAUGCAAAAGAGAAAGAAAAACUCCGUGCUGCUUAUGCUGCGAACAGCUGAGGCCCGCUCUUUUAUUUUUAAUUUAGAGUUUGGAAGGAGCAAUUCAUUCUGACCUUUGGGAAAGUUUCCUUUCAAGAAUGCAUGUGUGUAGAAAAAAAAUACUUGGCCAACAAAGAUGAACUGCAUUGUUUCUGUACAAGAUACUGUGUUAGAAGAGAAACCCAACUCCUGACUGGAAGAAAAAAUGACCAGAGCAGUCACUCAGUUUAAUGUAAUUGAUCCAGCAGUCACACCUCAAAACGUUUUAGUUAGCUGUUGGUAAUGCUGAAGCUCCCAUCAUUCAGCUUCAUUGAAUGACUCUAGGUUCCGCUGCCAUGAAUGAAAAAGAAAAUCUUUUCUCUAUUCACCUGUUCUACACCAUGCAUAUUUUAAUACAUCUCUGUUAUGUCUUU